UAUUUUUGAGGAUACUCAUACAGAAAAUAUCCAAUUACAAACUGAUCUUUCAAGUUUGCAAUUUCAAUUUUUAACUUCAGAAAAUAAUAAUUUAUUAUUAUCUGAAACACCUGAAAUUAAUGAAAAUUUAGAAACUGAUUCUUUAGAAAAUGAGGUAUGGACUGAAGCAGAACUUUUAAAAUUUAAAAUAUUAUAUCAAAAAACAAUAGAUAGUUUUGAAAAGCAAGAAAAUGAUAAUCAAAAAUUAGAAGAAGAGAUAAAUUUAAUACAAGAUAAUGAUUUUAAAGAAUUAUUUGAAAAAGAUUGUUGUGAAAAAAAUUGUUUACAAACUAAAUCUAAAAAUAAUUCAAAAAAAUCUAAGCUUACUACAGAAUAUAAUUUUGAAGAAAAAGCUAUUUGUUUAAAUGCUUUUAAAACAAUUUAUGGAAUUGGUGAUACAAGAUGGAAAGCAUUACGAGAACAUUUUAUUGAACAUGAUAUUACUUUACGUAUUAAUUCAAAAACUGGAAAAGUUGGAAAUAGAGCAAUAUCUUUUGAAACUGUUAUAAAAAUUAUUACUUUUAUAAAUAAUUAUGCUAAACAAAAUGGUUUACCAUCUCCAG